GCUACACCUCACAUUCGAAUCUUGAGAUUGGGGGAGGAGAUCUGAAGUGGCCAGGACCCGGUUCUGGUGAUAGGGUGUUGUCUAGGGAGGUGGAGGCUAGGUCCUUCCGGUAGCCCUGCAAAGCAGAGGGCGGGAGUGUGAAUGAGGGGAGGGCUGCUAGCGCGUGUGUGGGCGGAGAACUCGGAGGAGGAUCGAGGGAGGCGAGCUCCCUAGCCAACGUGGAGGCCCCGCAAGCGCCAGCGGCGAGUGUCGUGCCGGCAGCAUCAUGAGCAUCCCACAGCCAGCUGCACCAGAGAAUCCUAUGGAGGGCACCGGAGGAGGCCCAGCAGGGACGGCUGCAGUAGGUGUCCGGGAGAAGGGCCCUCGGCUCUGCCAGCGACUGCCCUCUAUUGUGGUGGAACCCACUGAAGUGGGUGCUGUGGAAAGUGGGGAGCUCCGUUGGCCACCUGAGGGCACCCAGAAAGGUACCCCUCAGAUCCAGGCUGCUGCUGUCCACCAGGAGCCCCAGGGAGGACAGCAGAUCAUGAUGGCAUCGAGGGUGCCAGUUCUGGGCACCAGGAAGUCCCUGGUCCAGUAACAGAUACGGGCGUGGCAGGCUCUGCUUGCUGACCACCGAGAGGCCCUCGAUCCCAGGACGACUGACUGAUUCACAGAAAGGCUCGGCCCACCAGGACACCCAGCGCACCAAGCUUCCUGUCUGGCUAGGUGUGGCCAGGACCUCAGCCCCUCUGCCUUUGUGUUCCACUGCCCAGAUCUGGAGCAUACCCCUCUUUGUUCAGUGGCUUGAAACAGAAAUAAAGGCACCCUUCCUGGUGGCCAUGGGUGCCCUUGGUGGGUACUUGAGGUGCUGAGGACAA